CAGUGAUAUUUGGACAAAAGAAAUCAGAUUAUAUCAACGAGAUUUAGCGGCAUUCGGACAAGAUAAACCAAAUUAUAUCCAUGAGAAUUAAUUAUAUUUGGUUAUAUGAAACUGGAUUAUAUCAAUAAGAAUACCUAAAUGGCAGAAACAUAUUGAUGAUGUUUUAAAGUAUUUUCAUGGUACCUACGAGGUAUGAGUCGUAUGACACUAAUCAGAGAUUGAGCCGGGCCUGUGAUACCUAGUAGGAUUAUAAAGAUUCGCCUCUUCGCGUCUUCUGCAUUCCUCCUCCUUCGAUAACUAUUAGGUUUUCCUUUCUUCUUCAAUCAAAAAAUGAAUCAAAUUUUCAGAUUUUCUGUGUGCAGAUCGCUGUUAACAAGAAACCCAUUUACACAAAGGUUACUGUCACCAAAACCCAUAUCUUCUUCUUCAUUAAUCUCGAAUAAUCAUCCAACUUCUUCUUCUUUUUCAAACCUAAUGACAGUACUAAUCUCAAAAUUCAAUCAUCCUCCACAAAUCUUCUCAACCCCUGGAAACCAAUUCCGGAAAUUCAGUGGAGAAGCAGCAGAAGAAGGCUGUAACUUUAGCGAUGAUUAUCUGAAAGAUGAAAUGUCUAAAGUUCAUGAUGCUGUACUCUACGCUUGGGAUAACAUAGAACGACGCACUCUACCUCCUCUUGAUGCUGCCAAGGUACCCGCCGAGACAUUUAAUGCCUUCAGGGAAAAAUUUGGUCUUGACAAUGGGGAUCUUCCGCAUCAGCUGCAGAGAUUCGAAGAAGAGAUUGAUAUGUUAGAAGAAUCCGUUGAUAAAACUGUGGCUUAUGGGAAGUAUGCCGAUGGAGGUGGCGAAUUGGGUUAUGUGUUCGAGGAUUGGUAUAAAGCUGUUGGUAGGUUCCAGGAAUGGAGUUCUGAAUCAGAAAAUGAAAGCAGCACUUUGCCAACUGCUCAGGACCAGAUUGCUAUGCCUGUGGCUGAUGCUGCUUCUGAAGUUGUUGCUGGAAACCGGGCUGACAUUACCUAUCAGGGGGGCUUGGUAUAUGGCUGCAGUAGCUGAGGCGAUCGCGGUUUUGGAGGUUAUAAAAUGGGCCUGGCAAAAGCAAUCAAGGGUAGCUCAGGGGCUGUUAAAUGGAAAACAAACAUUGUUAAGUAUAACCUUUAAUAAGUGGGUUUGCUCUUGUACUUGAAAACUAUAUAGAGAAAUAUGGGCAUAAUAACUUUUAAUAAGUUUUGUAACUUUUAACCAUAUUAGACAUGGGCAUAUGGUGUGUAUUUGUGUGGCUAUUUUCAGAAGACAAUCUAAGCUUUAUAUAUAUGGCAAUAUGAGGUCAUGAGAAUCAAAA